AUGAUCUUCAUCAUCAACAACAACAUGGUCAUCACCAUCAACAACAACAUGGUCAUCACCAUCAACAACAACAUGGUCAUCACCAUCAACAACAACAUGGUCAUCAUCAUCAACAACGAUAUCAUCAACAACAACAUGAUCCUCAUCAUCAUCACCGACAACAUGAUCAUCAUCGUCAUCAACAACAACAUGCUUCAGAGCCACCCGCACGAGCCAAACAAUUUCAGACGCGCUCUGAAGGCUACGUGCAUGUUGGUUCCCCUGUUCGGCCUGCACUUCAUCUUCACCCUCAGCAGACCAAAAAGUACUCAUCCCGAAUUUAUCAACAACAGCGGACUCAUUACGUACGACGAGUCAAAGUGGCACCACUACCACUACAUGAUCGAUUCCAUCAUCAACUCACAGGGUUUUGUAGUUUCCAUCAUCUACUGCUUUCUGAACGAAGAGGUGCUGGGCCACUUGUCGAGAAUGUCUGCCUGCUUUCGUGGCCACCCGACCACCCAAAUCUUCACGAUGGCCUCUGACAUCAGGAGAAGAAGUGACGCUGAAUCGAUCAGGAAUGGAUUCCACAGCAGCCAUAAGGACGAUAACAGGAUGGCGGCGGCCAUGGAGAUGAAAGAUCUUUAA